AUGAGUGGAUGCUGCCUUAGGUGUUUUCUUGAAUGUCUUGUAUAUGGAUCCCAGUAUUCAUUUUUCGCAACCCCAGUGGCAAUGUCAAUAGAGCAUGUUCAAUGGCUGAGACCUCCUUGGGAAGAAGUUACAACUAGGAGAGCUUUGUUACCAUUCUGCCUUGGAAUGCUGCACUGGAUUGUUAUCUCUGGUAACAAUGUUCUCUUUUUCGUCAAUGUUAACAAGAACUGUAGUAAUGUUGCAUUAUACUGUAUUAUGGCAUUAGGGUUUGGUAGAUCAAAAGGUAUUAUUUUGUCGUUUAACUGUGGUUCUUGA